AGUACCUAGUAGUAGGAGUCUAAUACUCGCCUUCCAUAAUACUAAAGCUACCUUGGUCCCUAGGCGAAAUGAGCAUGGGGGCAUGCUUCAGGUUGUAGGCUGGUGGCGGGUCUUGCUGUGAGCUAGUAUCAAGACAAUGCGUUCCGUUGUCAAUACAAAGGAAGCAGAGAAGGAACCGAGACCAAUCCAAGCCUCCUCAAAUCCUGUCAUCAUCGCUUGGGUGGUUUGAUCUUACCAGCUACCGUUGCACCUCACUCGCAUCCUAGACUGGCAAUGGCAAAGCCGGUGCUGAAAUGGGCCCUCUUAGUCACCUUAGCCGCUAUCGCAAUACCCACCUUCAUCUACAGAGACCGCACCAAGGCGGCGAUCGAUGGUGCGCACCACUGGGUAUCAAGCCUCGGGAUCUACGCCUACCCCAUCUGGGUGGUUCUCCACGCGCUCUUCAUUGUGUUGUGCUUCCCGGGGACCAUUGCGUUUGAGGGCGCGGCCGGGCUGCUCUUCGGCGUCGUGCGGGGAUCCGCUGCGGUGCUGGCUGCCAAGACGCUGGGGGCCGCCGUUGCGUUUUGGCUGGGGAAGACCCUUCUGCGUGAUCACGUGAAGGCAUAUGCCCACUCGUACCCCAAGUUCCAGGUUGUGGUCCACGGUGUCAGGCGUGACGGCUGGUGGUUCGUUCUGCUCGCACGCCUUUCCCCUAUACCUAGUUGGGUCAACAACUACGGCCUGGCCGCCGUCGAUGUGCCCUUCUUCCCUGACUAUAUCCUUGCGAGUUGCGUGGGAACGAUGCCCUUCAUCUUGCUCAACACGUACGCCGGCUACCUCGCCGAACAGGGCCUCUCGGCAACCGACCUGAAGAACAGCCAAUCGUGGGCCAAGUACGCCCUCCCGACGCUCGGCUUCGCGGCCGCCUUCGCACUCUUCUGGAAACUCACGACGUACGCAAAGCACUACCAGGAGACGCUGGAAGCGUCGCCGUCCGGAAACGAAAUUGAGGAUACCGCGAGCGAGGUCGUGUUCUUGAACGAGGACCAGUCGGUGGGGCCCGUCGGGGGGCUGCGGAGCCGGACGAAAGCGGGGGAGGAACUGACGUUCUCGGAGGAUCUGGGGCUGGUAGCGUCGCCGCUGAGGAAGGGGCGCGCCAGGAAGAAGGUCGACGGGGAGAAGAAGGCAGCGAAAGGGGAUGCGACCAAGGGCGAAGCAAUAGUUGAGGAGGUCGUCAAGGUGGAGAUGAAGGCGGUGAAAGUGGAGCCUGCUGACGAGAGGGAGCUGACGUCACCCAGGAGACGCGGCAGACCAAGAAAGAGCAUUGCCUCGCCGCCGCCAGCCAAGACGCCCUCGAAAGCUCCGGUGACAAGCCCGAUGACGUCACCAGGCAAGCGGCGACCCGGGAGGCCGAGAAAAUACGAAGACUUGGAGCUGUGAGUUGUGGCAAAACGUGGGAGUAGCGAAAUGUUGGAGUUGCAAACCCGUUAAAGUUGGUGGAGUAGGAGGUGUAUUAUCCCUAUCAUUUGUUUGUCAAAGAUUCAGGUAAAAAAGUGCAAAAGGUGGAUUAGCCAUGGGUAUUAGGUAUGCUGAGGAGUUGGCGUUUGAUUGUGAGAUUCCGAUCUGCGGUUUGCUUAUCAGAGAUGAGGAUAUUCAAGCAGGAAGGUGAGCCCGUUUCGGACCUGCUACCUGAAGGUUGGUUAUGUGUUGAAAGGACUUUGUUGACGCGUGGAGUUUUCAAAACUUGGUGCAUCAAUGCUGUGUGUACCUCGUAAGUAAGAAUCUGCAUACCUGAACAUGGAGAGACAAAGAAGCGCUUGAUUCCAAGUUUAAUCUCUUCAGUUUGGAGGGCAAGUUUGCAAGACGUUCCCUCGCUCCUUCACAAGUGUAUCCAUCGCA